CACGUGACCUAACGUCAUUCCUAGCAGAAGACUCCGCCAUUAGCUGUUGUUGUUUUGGAGGUGGGCUACAAAAGUCUGUUGCCCGAAAAAAUAUCUCCGCAAUGUCAUCUCCCAGCCCAGGAAAACGUCGUAUGGACACUGAUGUUGUAAAACUUAUUGAGAGUAAGCAUGAAGUCACCAUCAUGGGUGGUCUCAAUGAAUUUAUGGUCAAGUUCUAUGGCCCACCAUCCACUCCUUAUGAGGGGGGUGUAUGGAAGGUCCGUGUGGACUUACCAGAGAAAUAUCCAUUCAAGUCACCUUCCAUAGGGUUUAUGAACAGAAUCUACCAUCCAAAUAUAGAUGAAGUGUCUGGAACAGUCUGUUUGGACGUGAUUAACCAAGCAUGGACUGCUCUUUAUGAUUUAUCCAACAUUUUUGAGUCAUUUUUGCCACAACUUCUCACCUAUCCUAACCCCAUUGACCCCUUGAAUGGGGAUGCAGCAGCACUUUACCUCCACAAACCUGAAGAGUACAAGAAAAAGGUGCAGGAGUAUGUUCAGAAGUAUGCAACAGAAGAGGCACUGCGGGAACAAGAACAUGUGGAGUCCUCCAGCGAGUCAUCGAUGAGCGACUUUUCGGAGGAUGAGGCACAGGACAUGGAACUAUAACCUGCCUCAGUCCUAGCGCCUUUUCAAAUUGUACUUCAUGUGUAAAUAGUCUGGCUGGAUACUGUCUGCAUACUGCUCCCACUAACCGAUCCAUAGCUAUUCAGCUCAGUUGCAUUCUUGGCAGAAGAGCCCAUGGUGACAGUGGGUGUGCAAAUUUUGUGUCUGUGGUUUCUGCUUGAAAGGAGUAUACCUGUCGACUACAAGCGACUGCUGUGAAUAGUUCUGCCUGGGUUUUGCCAGACUUGCAGGUUUUCUCCUCUUUGGGUAGACAGCUACCAGGCUACUCUGGCUGAAUAAAGCUUUUCUUGAGGUUCUCAGAUGGAUCUGACUGGUAUGUAACCAAUGGCUCCAACUUUUAGGGACAGCAAGACCUGGGAUGAAGGGCUUAGGAUAAGUGUUAAAGGAAGAGAAAUUGCAGAAGAAAGAAAAUUAAUGCUGGAUGGAGGUGGAUCCUAAUAUUUAAGUAGCUUUGCUUCAGAUGACAAUGAAAAAUAUCACAAUGGUUUUGCCUUCAUCAAGCAUUAGUCUCUUUGUGAAAAUUGUGUUGCAGGUUUGAAAUCCCCUCUCCUCAUCCAGUGUAAUUUAGGGUAAAGUCUGAAAAGUAGAACUGAGAAAUGAUCAAAUAAAAUGUUUUUCCCCAAAGAAUUUGCUUACAAGGCUACCAGAUUUGGAUCAGGGUAUAAAUGUGAGAUGCUUGAUCAUUGAUGUUGCUGUUUACAACAUGCCGAAGAAGAGUAGUUUAUGUUAAAAUGUUGUAAGCUCUAUUAAAUGUUAUAUGUGCAACAUUUAGACCCUUCUGUAUCCCAGAUUUGCUGGCCCUGUUUUAAUCCUCUGAAGUGGAAGACAUUGUGUUGGCAGUAGCUAGCAGUGUUGAAUGAGUGAAACCUUGAGUAAUUGAACUCCCCUUUCUACAUCCCAUUUUGUCUGAGAGUUGAAGUUUUUUGUUUCUCAGUUUUAAUCAUCUUUUUUUUCCAUUAUCAUGUCACAGUUUUGUUUUUAACUGAUUGAAGUGUAAAAUGUAACUACCUUCAUCAUGUCAUGUGGUUAUUCCCCUAAGACGACAAGGGGGGUUUGCAUCAUGAUUAUUCCGCUUUUCUUCAUUAAGCGUUCUGCAGCAUAGAGUGUACAAGUGUGUCGGUGCAAGUGGUGCAUAUGCUAGAUUGUUAACAUGAAUGGUUUAGUCACAAAUAAAAAAGAAUAAAAGAAUACUUUUCAAAUGUUAUUCCACAGAGUGUGCACUUGUCCUUGCUUCAGACUUUUUUAAUCAUACACUUUGUUUUAUACAGAUAUACUGAUAGCACUUUUCUUGUUUUAGCAUUAGUGUGGUAGGUCUUAGUUGUGGAUGUUGAUGUAUAGUCAGUCUUGCCAUCAUCUCAAUGGAUGUAGGUGCUUUACAAAUUUUUCAGUGGAAUUAACAGGUAUUUUUUUAGUUUUGAAUUGACACCAACCUUUUCAUUUUGGUUUCGUCAGUCUAAUUGAACAUAAAUACAACAUCAUAGACUUGUAAGGUCCCUGGACUGCCAAAUGUGUUAUCUUUCUCCUAUUUCUUUAUUUACACUUUUACCCCAAGAGCUGACAGGUACAAAAGAUUGGGUUGCCACUAUUUGAAAAGAUGUUCUCUUUCUGCAAAACUAUCAUUUUUCUACUUUACAGUCUUCAUAAUGCCAUUGAAAGUGUUUGAUAUAUAUAUAUACAUUUUUAUUUCUUUGAGCAUGUUAUCUCCAUAAAUAUACCUGCAUGACUAAAAGUCUGUAUCUGUUAUAAUAAUGCCCAACACUGCUGGAGAUAGUUUUGGAUUGUAUAAAAGAAUAAUGGUGGUGGGGGGAGGAACAUUCUAAAAAAAAGCCAUAAAUUUCAAAAGAUUUUUCUUUUCCAAACCCAUUUUGACCGCUUUUAAUUUUGAAAAAAUCUAAAUAUUAAUAAAACUCGAAUAAGCUGUAAAAGCCCUCAUGACUGAAUUGUUUCAAGAAAUGUGUGAUUAUAAUAAAGAUAUUAAAAGAUGUCCUUUCUACUAGUUACUGUCUUGUUUUGAAAAAGAAGUAGGAUGAGGUUGAAGUCCCAAGUUUUAUAUAUUACAAAAAAAAGCAUAAGUGUGAUUUUAUUAGGACAACUGUUGGAGGUACUUUGAGUAAUAAGUUAGCAAGAGGUGAAAGAUCAUUUUUAAAAAAAAGUAUAAUUGCGCAAACUAAAGAGAUGGAGUCAGAUUUUCUUGAAUUGAAUGGACUAGUUCUUACAGUUUUCAACCAAGUUAUAGUAUGCAGCCCUUAAAUUUUUUUUUUUAAUUCAAAACUAUGUUGAAAGAAAACCAGUAAUUUUAGGAGUACUUGGAUGAAGCACCAAGCUUUUUUUCAUGUAAUUCUUGGAGUUGUGUUUACAGAAUUUUGGCAUAAACUAUAGUUGCAAAUAACUUGAGUAGUGUACAGAUCACGAGAUAAAAAGCUAAAUGUUGACAAUGAUAUUGGAAGUGGAAAACUAAUUUAUAAAAUCUUUGCUUGUUUAGGUGCAUCCUGUGCACAUAAGCUCCCUCAUAUUUUCAUCUGCUAAGAAAUCAAAUGCAAACAUAUGGUAAACAAUGCUUGACAGGGAUAGGUAUUAUGUACAGCUGUAUGUGCUUGUGCAAUGGGAAAUAUUAUAGUCUCAUCUUUGUGCAAAUGUGAAGUCUGUGAUUGUUGCCAUGCAGUGUUACCUGCUAUUGUUUCAUCACGGACGUAUAUUUAGUUCGUGGUUUCAUUGACUUACUCCUAUCACAUUAAGGGUUGGUGGAAUAUUUACUCCUUUAGAUUUGUGUGUGAACUUGUAUGGAGCAGGAUUUUUUUUUUAAUUUGCUGUACAUCUUUAUAGUUUGAUAAACCUUAUAUAGUGUACAGAAAGGCAUGCAGUAUCUUGCGGCCUGUGAAGUGUGCUGCACUUUAUGGUCUUUUCUAUAAACCAAAAGACAAUUUUCUCUGGAAAUAUUUAGCUUCUAGUGGUUUCUAAAAAAAAAUUUCCCUAAAGAUAGCAUAAGUACUCUUUAAAGAUGUCCAUCAGGUAACUUAAUAUAAUAAGGGUAAAUAUUUUGUUGAAAAUUUGCAAAUAUUUGGUGACUACUAUUUAUUUUUUCAAACCAAAUGCAUGCACAUUAAAAGUCUUCAAAAGAAUUUUUUUUCUCUUUGUGAUAUAUCUCUACAAUCCCUAUGCACAGAAAGAGAUCAAAACCUGUCCAUUUAUGAUCCAAGUAUAUUUAUGGACUCUGGUGAGGCGACGGAUUUUUUGUGCACCCUUGUAUUUCAAGAACAGUUGGUCAUUCCCUGUGUGAAAUCAAUGUGAUUUGGGAUAAUGUUAUUAAACUUAGCCAUUUUUCUUGGGAUUUUGUUGUGAGGGGGUGAAGAAUGGGGGAUGCAGGGGAAAAGUGGAAAUAGCAGUCUGUUAAACCUUUUACCCUCAACUUGGAUAGGUAGAUUAUAGCAUACAAUUGUCUAAUACAAAUUAGUAUUGUGUGCCAGCUUAUCCUAAUGGCCAAGAUGUUUCUUUUACUGUAAAGGAUCAGUAUCAGUAAUGAUACUAGGAUCGCCAGAAUGUUAGGGUUGUUUUUUUUAACACUUCUGUUCAUCAAAUUGCAGCAAAAGCAAAUUCUAAUUUUUGUCAAGCAUGGCUUUGAAAGUGGCUGUUACGUUCUGUUAUGUGCAGAGAUCUGAUAAAUUCUCCAGUAAUCAUUUUCGUGUAAUAUCAGUUUUUUAAUAGCAAGAAUUUUCUCUGAAAUUUGCUAUCAGUAGACUGUUCAUCCUUUAUGCUCUCAUUUAAGCAAUUUGUUUACAAUUUUGUAAUGUCUUCGUCAAACUUACAAAAAUAAACAUGGACAUUUAUUA